UGUGUAAGAUGCAUGAGCACUGGGUUUUGUUGUUGUUGUUGUUACCAUAUCUGAUUAACAGAUCAUCACUGUCCCAAUAGCUCAAUGUAAGCAGACACAGAUUCUCUUCUGGUCACUCCCUCUAUCCCUCCCUUUUGGACAGCAUAAAUUGCCAGGCAGCACAACUUCUCCCAUUCUGACAUAGAGGUAUUUUUAACACUAGCUUCACAAAAUGAAGGCAGAAAAGAAACCUCUGAGCAAUUCUAGGGAGCCCCAUGGGCGAACCAGAGAGCCUUCAGUUCCAAAAGGCAAGAAAGAAGCAGUGGAACGCAGGCGAAAAACUAGCAAAGAGAGGCAGAGAUCUAAUGAGAGGAAAGCUAUGAAGGAGACCAGGAGCACCCUUGAAGGAGACAACCAAGUCCAUACUUCCACUGUGGUAGAUGUGGAUGAUGUGGUCUCAUUUGAGGAGGAAACAGAAGUGAUGGCCUUACUCGAAAGUGAGAAGGUAGAGGAAGGUUUGAAGUCCGCAGGCUUAGGAGUAUGUGAGUGGAUUCUUGUCCUCCUUUCUCUCCUUUUUAUCAUGGCCACAUUUCCCAUCUCCAUCUGGUUCUGCAUGAAGAUUGUACGGGAGUACGAGAGAGCCAUUUUGUUUCGGUUUGGACGCAUUCUUCAGGGAAGGCCCAAAGGACCUGGCUUGUUCUUCCUCCUUCCCUGUCUGGACACCUACUACAAAAUAGACCUUCGCCUUAAAACCUUAGAGAUCCCUUUCUAUGAGGUCAUAACCAAGGACAUGGUGAGUCUAGAAAUAGAUACCAUCUGCUACUAUCGCACGGAGAAUGCUACACUAUUUGUGACCACCCUGGCCAAUCUCUCUAAUGCGGUCCGGCUACUAGUACAGACCAUUGCAAAGCGUUUUCUGGCACAUCGCUCUCUCACAGACAUCCUGAUGGAAAGAAAGUGCAUCAGCCAGGAGAUAAAGGUGGCUGUGGAUGCCAUCACCUGUCAGUGGGGGAUCAAAGUGGAGCGCACAGAAAUCAAAGACAUACAGCUGCCAGCCGAGCUUCGGGAAUCAUUGACCGCACAAGCAGAAGCCCAAAGACAAGCUACAGUGAGAGUAAUAGCUGCUGAAGGUGAAAAGGUUGCCUCUGAAUCCCUGAAAAUGGCGGCUGAGAUACUGUCCCAGACACCGUCUGCAAUUCCGCUCCGUUACCUUCACCUGCUGCAAAAUAUGACUGCAGAAAAAUCUUCCACUUUUAUUUUACCAUUACCUUUAGAUGUUCUGAAUCUUGCAUCAGGCGUGACCCCAAAAUCCAUAGGUUGCAGUCCGUCUUCAGAUGCUCCCAACCACCCAGAAGCGCCAAAGGAUAAGGAUUCCCCCAUGCUAUAGGGAUUCUGCAAAAUUCUGGGGGAUUCAAAUUUCAAGCUUUGUCUCCUGGUGAUACAAUUGAAUCCUUGACUGUUUUUAAUCGCUUACCAGUUAAAUCUGUUGCAUAAAUUUUAAAAACACUUGAAAUCAAAGACUCAUUUACAUAUUGUUAUGCAUUAUACCAAGCAGUAUGCAAUGAAGAAAAUAGUGAGAAAAGAUACAUCCUAAGAUGUUAAGAUAGUCUUUGAGCGAAAGGAGGACUAACUUUUCAGCAUCCUGAGAUACAUCUUUUUUCUUUUUGUUUCAUUGGUUGCUCUCCAGUUUUUGAUUGCAACAUCCACUCUCAAUUAUAUACAUUUAUCUUGUACUAGCGGUACAUGCAUUACUGUGGCCCAGUCUGGUUAGGUAAAACAUCCAGGCGUUCCCUGGGCAACAUCCAAGGAGGGAGGAAAAGGGGUGGGAACCAGGCUGCCUCUGGGCAUGAUCAGAGCGCUCUCUCUUACAGGCCUGGUCCAACUUGGGCCCUCCCUCCAGGUAUCUUGGACUUCAACUACCACCAUUCCUAGCAGCCUCAGGCCUCUUCCUAUUCCUUUUCGCUUUCUUUUUCCACGUAAGAGGCUGAAGGUCUUCAUGAGGGAAAAAAAAGACUUGAGGAAUCAGUUCUCCAUGCACUGUUCAGCCCCACCCGCACCAUUUGCUAAAGGGUGGAAACUACUUAGCUGUUGCUAAGGUUAGGGGCCAUCUGUUACAAUGGUUGCUAAGGGAGGAGAGGAGUGCUUGGCCGUUGCUAAGGGGAGGAGUCGUCUGUUAGCACAGUAGCUAAGGGUGGAGGUGACUGAUUAGCUGUUGCUUUUGGGUUUGUUUUUACCUUUCUCAGGUGUGUUAGGUUUGUGAGAGUAGGCUUAAAACACUCGCCAUGUCAAAUGCUAUGUUGUAUCCAAAUUUCAAAGCCAUUGGUGGAAUAGUUGGGAGAUAUGAUGUCCCUAACGAAUGGACAUUACAUUUUUAUUUAUAUAGAUAUGUUUGCACUGACAGGCAGGUAGUGUAGUUACCCAGCUUUAAAAUCUUUAAUGUGUAUUUAAUGCUCACUGUGGUAUAGUAGACACUAAUCAGUUUUAAAUAUGGAAAGUGGAAUUCAAAUCCUUAUUCAACCAAAAAUCUCAGGAUAAACAUUGAUUGGAUACUCACUUUCUGCUUCAUAAGGUUCUUGGGGGAAUAAAAUGAUGGAGAAUCAUACACGUUUCUUUAUGUCACAGGAAGAGAGCUAAACAACAAUGCAUGGGUCCUCAGAAAUAAUUUAAACCAGCCUUGCCUUUCCUAUUUUCAGUUCAUUAAAUUCUUCAUCUCUGUCUUCCAGCUCUAGGAUCCCAUUAUUCAAUCAUCUGUCUAUCUCUCUAUCAUAGAGGGUUGGACUGGGUGCCUCUUGGGUUUCUUCCAACUUUAGGAUCCCAUGAUUUAAUCAUCUAUCUAUUCAUCCAUCCAUCCAUUUUAGAGGGUUGGCUGGACUGUCUCUGGAGUCUCUUCCAACUCUAGGAUUCCACUUUUCAAUCAUCUGUCUCUCUGUUUAUCUAUCUAUAUUAGAAUGUCCAAUUGGAUAACCCUUGCAAUGGUAGGACUUUAUGAUUCAUCCUGUGUCGACAAGCUAGCCCCAAAUCUCAGGCGCACCAUCCCUAGACACACUGCACAAUAUGAAGAUGAGGAGAAGCAGUGUUGGCGAAUGAUGAAGGGUCACCAAAGCAAUGAUAAGUGCUCUCUGGGAAUCACACUAAGGUACUAAUCUAUACCCACCCAAGAUUUUGGAUCUGGACACAGCAUGUCCAGCUUGAAUUGGCUGAACCAUUUGCUCAGCACAAAUGAAGUUUGGGAACUUGCUGUAAAAGCUCUUUGGCGUCUGUUGAUUUAAAUUGUUAAUUAUGUCAAGGAGUAUGUCUUACGUCCUUAAUGACGGCAGUUGUACCAACUCCUUCCACAAAGGGUCAAGGAAUGUGUAUGAGUGGGCUCAUUUAAAACCAGCUGCAGCUCACUCAGCAUGUUUCAAAAUUGUUUCAGUAUCUAGUUAUGUGUACAUUUCUAAUCCAUAUGAUUUUACAAAGGAAAACAAGUUGGUGAUUGCAAAGAAAAUAGAGAGCAAUAGUCAUGCAUAGUUCCUAGUACUCCAAAUCAAGAAGUUCCAUCACUAAACCUUGCGGUUUCCCUUAGCUAGUUCACUUUCAGUCCAAUGUAAGUUUUUUUUUUGCUGUUCCUAACCAAACAGAUAUAAGAACUUAUGAGUACAAAAUUACAAAGAGGAAGUGUCAUUUUGAACAACAGAAUAAAGUAAAAAAAAACCCUGAUAUAUGUAUACCAAACUGAUAUAUUUUCAAUAGCAAGAAAACUUUUCAGCACUUGAUUUUAAGAUUAUAGAGCUCUUCAUUUGGAGUUCUGGUUUUAUAGCAGUAUCAGUUUUUGUUGUCACAUUUUAAAAUAUGAGCUUGUUAAGUACGCAUACCACCUCUGGAGCCUUUGGAUAACAAACCAGACUGUUAUAGUUUUAACAUACUAUCAGCAGACAAUAUUUGCCAAAUGGUUGGUUGCCAAAUCUUUAUUGUUGUUUUCAAAAUAUCCCAAAGGUGGGACCACUGUCAGGGCUAUAGGACAAAAAAGGGAACACAUCAUAUAAUUGAAUGGUUGAAUAAAGGCACUUGUAAAGCUUUGAUGGAAAUUAUGGGAACUGUGCUAUGAGUGGAGGGUUUCUUCCACUAUUAUAUUUUCCUCUCGUGAUUUUUUUUUUUUACAAAUAUGGAGUUAAUGAUUUGUACAUGUAUAUAAACGUGAAAUUGUCUGUGACCUUGUGGCACACACACAUCUUAUUAUUAUUAUUAUUAUUAUUAUUAUUAUUAUUAUUAUUAUUAUUAUUAUUAUUUGCACAUCCCGCUUUUUCUCUCCAUAAGGAGACUCAAAGUGCCUAACAUUAAAAGCAUUGUAAAAACAAUGGGGCAUUUUGCUGGACCAAUCCCUAUUGGAUCAAUCCCAUUCUCAAAGGAUAUGUUUAUCUUUGCCAUUCCUGUGGCAGUUUUCAUAUUUACAUCUUUGGAAAUAAAAAAAGAAUAAUCAAAGAUUGGGAUGAGCUCCUAUAUUUAAUAUGCCAUAAACCUUGGUUACAGCAAUAUUCCUUACAGGAGUUCUCAAAUAAUCCUCAGCAGGGUUCCUUAUGCCACCAUUUCAACAUACAGUAGAGUCUCACUUAUCCAACAUAAACGGGCAGGCAGAACGUUGGAUAAGCGAAUAUGUUGGAUAAUAAGGAGGGAUUAAGAAAAAGCCUAUUAAACAUCAAAUUAGGUUAUGCUUUUACAAAUUAAGCACCAAAAAAUCAUGUUAUACCACAAAUUUGAUAGAAAAAGUAGUUCAAUUCACAGUAGAAAUUACUGUAUUUACGAACUUGGCACCAAAAUAUCAUGAUGUAUUGAAAAUACUGACUACAAAAAAGCGUUGGAUAAUCCAGAAUGUUGGAUAAGCGAGUGUUGGAUAAGUGAGACUCUACUGUACUUGGUUCAAUUAUAUCAAAGGCUCAGGUGCCAUGGCUUCCCACAAGUGUCUCUGGAAAAACAGUCAUCUGAGACUUAUAUAGCAAAUAUUCCCACAAGGCGAAUCUUGAGUUUUAGCCGAUCUGAACAAAUGUCAAAACUCUCUUGUGGCCAGUAAGCUGAGUACAUGCCAGAAAAGCAAGGGGUCUUGGGGUACACCUCUCAUCUGAGUAUGCUUCUGUUUGUAUUGAUAACUCUAGCAAGUUGGGCCUCAGACCUCUUCCUGGGUAUAUUUGAUCUUCUGAUUCCUAAAAUGGCAUUGGUUUAUUAUUACAGCAUGUAAAAAUGAGUUGGUGUGUGUGUGAACAGGAAAACUGCAAAGCAGCAAGCUGAUUGGCUGGGCCAACUUAGCCUGGGAGUUUUGGAUACAGUUACAGGUUUCUGCAGGAGCUCGGUUUUCUAAAGUUUUUGUUCCUAGGCUGCUGGAAAUAGACAUUUUGUAUGGACAUCUAAAGGACUAUUUGAAUCUCUCUUAAAAGGACAUUGUGUGAGUUGAUGCAUCUGCUCAUAUGAAUGUGAUGAGGAAGUAUUGGAAAAUAGAUAUUCACAUAUAUUGUAUGUAAUAAGCACACUGAAAUAUAGAAAAAUCAGACUCUCUUUGUACCAGGCACUCAGACGCAGGCACAAAGAAGUUGCAAGGGGUUUGUGUAAAUGCACAAGCUGGUAGGACAGGGAGGAGAAGGGAGGCCUGUUAUCUAUAUAUUACAGUGUGAGAUGGUCCCUGGUACAGCUAAUGCAGGGAGAGUGGACUUCUCUUCCCUGACAGGUCAAAACCAGGCCCCUUGAUCAAUGUCUAUAGCUGAACCCUAGUUAUCUGUAACUUCCUGCAAGCUGCUUUUAGAGUGCUUAGAAAGGAAAAUGCUGAGACAUGCAUAUAUAUGCCCAUGUAUGUAGACAUGUGAAGUGACAUAACUGAUGACAAGAUGUAUGUAGGAGCAUGUUUCUUUGUUUGCCUGUAUUUGAAGAUGUAUAAAAGGGAAAGUCAAUGCCUUUAUCCUCACUCUGUUUGCUUUUGGAGGAAAUUCCACGCCAAGGUCUCAGCUGAAAAUAAAACUGUACUUUUCGGCCUCAACAAAGGAUCACUCUUGGUGUUAUCUCUCCUAUCAGCCACAACAAAUGUAUAUAUGUUGCUCUGCAUUUUAAAGAGUAAAGUUCCUGUUAUUUGCUGUU